CCAUGGGAAGGGCAAUAACAAAACAAAAAUUAUUUGCAGGAAUGAACUACUUGUUGUGUGUUGUAGGAUUUGUUGUGCUACUGGCCAUUGCUGGAGCUGAUGGAGCCGGUGAAUGCGGGAGAAAUUCUCCAGAUAUGGAAGCCAUGAAAUUGAUUCCUUGCGCAGAAGCAGCAUCGGAUGCGAAUGCAUCCGUUUCAAGGAGUUGUUGUUUACAAAUACAGAAAUUGGGACAGAACCCGAAAUGUCUCUGUGCUGUUAUGCUCUCAAAUACUGCUAAAAGCUCUGGAGCUAAUCCUGAAGUUGCGAUAACCAUCCCCAAGCGUUGUAACCUAGCCAAUCGUCCCGUUGGCUAUAAGUGUGGACCUUACACACUGCCUUGAAGACUACACGAUAUGUUACUAUGUUAUGUACCUAUGUGUUUGGUGGCAGUAUGUAAUACUGUGUUCUUCUGUUAUUGUGGCUUAACUUAUAAUCAGACAUGUCAUGUAUCAUUUCUGAUUAGCAUAAAUAAUAUUUUGUGUUUUCUCUUCUUCAAUGAAGAUGAUUCUCUUAUCCUUUAAUUUUCAUCAGUGAUUUGCUCAA